GUAACCUUGUGGGGCAACUCUAUAAAUAGUGGUUCAACAUCUGGAAUAAUAAGAAGAGAUAUUUUUCAUCCUAAUCCACUUUCCACCAAAGAAUUCUCUUUUUCUCUCCUUUCUGUUAUUAGCUAUGAGAUUUCCUUCUUCCCUACGAAAUCUCCUCGCCGUUAACAUUGGUAUCAGAGCGGUUCUUUCCGGCUGAGAGCUGGCGAUUACGAGACGCAAAGCAGCACAGAUGGCAACAAUAGAGGAGGCCUUGAAAGCUUUGGUGGAUCAGAAAAAGGUGUUCGCAAUCCAGAUGGAACAACAAAAUCGCAAGAUCGAGGAUCAACAGGCGAUGUUUCGACAGAUAAUGGAGCAGAUCAAGUCUAUCGCCCAGGGGGAAUCAACUUCUACACCUGGAAGCAAGCGGAAUCAGGAGAGGAGAUCAGAAUCAGACAACCCGAGGCAAUUACAUUUCAAUCCCAAGGUAGAGUUUCCUCAAUUUGAUGGAUCAAAUGUUCGAAAUUGGAUAAAAAAAUGUGUGAAGUAUUUCAUGUUGUGCCGAAUUCCUGAGGAGAAAAAAGUUGAUCUAGCCUCUCUGUAUAUGACCGGGAAGGCUGAGAUGUGGUAUAGUAGUUAUACUAUAGGGAGGAACAACAUUAUGUUGGAGGAUUUUGUUGUAGACUUGUGUGCCAGAUUUAAAGACGAGCUGGGAUCAAAAUUGGUUGAAGAAUUCAAUAAACUGCAGCAGGGGGGAAACUUAGAGGAGUAUGUGGAUAAGUUUGAGGAAUUAAAGUCUUGUAUGUUGAUGAAGAAUCCCCUCCUUCCCCCUAAACACAUGUUGGACAGUUUCAUUGGAGGCCUCAAACCCCAUCUCAAGGCUUAUGUGAGGGCCUUUAAACCUGAAUCACUGGCGGAAGCAAUUGAGUAUACAAGGUGUCAAGAGGAAACUGUGCAGGCCAUAAAAGUGCAGGACAGAAUAAGCAAACCAGUUUUUAACAGCAAUAAAGCCUUGUUACCAACCCCUAAUAGUGCUAAGCCUGUUAAUUCAUUACCUGUGGCAAACCAGCCUAAGUUCAUUCCAGCAGCAGGGGAGAAGAGAUUGAGCCAUGGGACCCAGAACCUCAAAUGGAAGAAGAGAGACCUCUGAUUUCAGGGUCAGGUUUGAGUUGCCGGUGGAAUGAUCUGAAGUGGAGGAAGAUCUAGAACUUUGGAUUUGAAGAUUAGGAAGGAAUGGGAAUCGGGUGCAAGGAUGCACAGGUUGAGGUUGAUGAAGAUCUAGAAGUCUAGUUUUGAUUUUUGAAGAAACGGGCAAGUGGGUU